AUGAGCUGCCAACUCGCGCGUCCCCGGCGUGACUGCCGAGAUUGACGUGGAGGACACGUCAAAUUGAUUCCCGCAAGCCGCCGCUUCCCGGUCAGACGAAUUUCUCCCAAUCGGAUGAAGUUCACCUUGGGCCUGGGGUCGCGGGCGUGGAGAGUGUCCUGGGAGCGGACAGCAGCGGCGGCGGCAGCCGGCCCCGGGGCGGGCGGGGCACCGCGCGUCUGCAGCCCGCGGCCGGGCCGCCGCGGCUCUCGGCUCGCGCGCGCGCUCCCUCUAUGCCUCGCCCCCGGCGGCGGCGCCCGAGCUCUCCCGGACUGCGCCGGGCCCAGCUGCCGCCGCUCCGGCGCCAGGCUGCUGGCUGGCCCGCGCGCUAUGGAGCAGACGUAUGGCGAGGUGAACCAGCUGGGAGGCGUGUUUGUCAACGGCCGCCCCCUGCCCAAUGCCAUCCGCUUGCGUAUCGUGGAGCUGGCGCAGCUGGGCAUCCGACCCUGUGACAUCAGCCGGCAGCUCCGCGUCUCCCACGGCUGCGUGAGCAAGAUCCUGGCGCGCUACAACGAAACUGGCUCCAUCCUACCCGGCGCCAUCGGCGGCAGCAAACCGCGCGUCACCACCCCCAACGUGGUCAAACACAUCCGGGACUACAAGCAGGGAGACCCCGGCAUCUUCGCCUGGGAGAUCCGCGACCGGUUGCUGGCCGACGGCGUCUGUGACAAAUACAACGUGCCCUCAGUGAGCUCCAUCAGCCGCAUUCUUCGCAAUAAGAUCGGCAGUUUGGCGCAGCCCGGGCCCUACGAGGCGAGCAAACAGCCGCCGCCGCAGCCCGCGCUGCCCUACAACCACAUCUACCAGUACCCCUACCCCAGCCCCGUGUCUCCCACGGGCGCCAAGAUGGGCAGCCACCCCGGGGUCCCGGGCACAGCGGGCCACGUCAGUAUCCCGCGCUCGUGGCCCUCGGCGCACUCGGUCAGCAACAUCCUGGGCAUCCGGACGUUCAUGGAGCAAACAGGGGCCUUGGCCGGGAGCGAAGGCGCCGCCUACUCCCCCAAGAUGGAAGACUGGGCCGGCGUCAACCGCACCGCCUUCCCCGCCACCCCGGGCGUGAACGGGCUCGAGAAACCUGCCUUGGAGGCGGACAUUAAAUACAGCCAGUGGCCGAUCGGAAACCCCCCAGUCCCGGCAGCAAGGCGACGGACACCCUCAGUAGCUUACACGGACUGCCCAUCCCGGCUUCGACCUCCUAGGGGCCGGCGUUGGCCGGAGCCCGAGCCCCGAGGGAGCGGCGGAGCUGCUGUCGGCCCCGGGCGCGCACAUCGGCCCGGCAGCCGCGGCGAGCUGAGCGGGCGGGACCGGAGGACAACGCUGCGGGUAGGAAGUCGGUGCCCGCGGGGGAGCGCCCCGGCAGCCCCUGGGCCUCGCCUGCCUCUGGCCCAACUGGCCGCGCUCCCCACAUCUGCCGGGGAUUUAGGCUUCUCGUAACAUUGACCUUGGACUGUUGCACCCUCUUGGCGAUCCUUGCUCCGACGUGGCCUCUUUCGUCCUGCCGGCCUCAAAUUCCUGUUUGGUCCAUCGCCUGUCCAUCUCUCUCCCUCCAUUGCGUUCUCCAUCCUUUCCUGUCUCCUGUCCUUCUGCUCUCUCCAUCUUCCCCCGUUUCUCUUGGCUGGUUCCGCACCCCGUUGCUGUUCCUCUCUCGCCUUUCCUGCCAUUUUCUGUCCUGGGCUCUAUUUCCUUUCUGUAUUUGUACAGCUCCCUUGUCCUCUCUUCCCGCCAGCCCCUUCUCUCUCCCCUGCGAUUCUGACCCUCCCAGCCCUAAUGGGAGCUGAGGCGGCAACCCAGGAAAUGAACAGAGAAGCCAAGCCUUUAUUAUAUAUUUUUGUAAUAACAAACCUGAACAAAACCUCCAUGAACUGAUCCCACCCCUUCCCACCAAAACCCAUUGUCUGGAAGUGUGUGCUUUCUCAGAGCCUCCGUGGCCAGGCUUCUCUUUGCUUCCAAGAUAAUGUCACCCCAUAAAUCAGACUGGGGUAGCAUGAGGCAGACACUGGGGCUGUCUUCUGUAGAUAGAAAACUGGGUGUCCCAGAGGGAACCAGAGGCAUGGCACUGUAUUUGGAGUUCAGGGGUCAGCACAUUUGUUAAUUUAAGCCCCAAACUGCUUCUGAUGCAAAGGGUACAUUCGGGCUGCUGGUUUGCAAGGGGUGGGGAUCAGAAAAACCCAGCAAGUGUCUUUCCUAGAGCCAGACACUGUUAACUGCUUCCAAGUUCAGGUGCACUGGUGGUGGGGCCCUGGCCGGCAUGCAAUUUUGUAGUCAUAAAGGUUUCAUUGGUGAGUCUGACAUCACCUGUGAAGUUUCCUUUGAAUAAAGGAAAGUGAAACAUAA